GGUGCUGUGUUUACAUUUGGAAAAACUAAAUUUGCUGAAAAUAUUCCUAGCAAAUUCUGGUUUAAAAAUGACAUACCAAUAUGUCUUUCAUGUGGUGAUGAACAUACUGCUAUUGUGACAGGAAAUAAUAAACUUUACAUGUUUGGCAGUAACAACUGGGGUCAGUUAGGAUUAGGAUCAAAGUCUACUAUCAGCAAACCAACAUGUAUCAAAGCUCUUAAGCCUGAGAAAGUGAAGCUUGCUGCCUGUGGGAGGAACCACACCCUAGUUUCAACAGAUAAAGGCAGUGUAUAUGCCGCCGGAGGAAAUAAUGAAGGCCAGUUGGGACUUGGUGACACUGAUGACAGAGACACUUUUCAUCAAAUUGGCUUCUUUACACCUAAAGAUAUCAUUAAACAGCUCUCUGCUGGUGCUAAUACAUCAGCUGCAUUAACUGAAGAUGGAAAACUUUUUAUGUGGGGGGACAAUUCUGAAGGGCAGAUUGGUUUAAAAAAUAAAAGCAAUGUGUGUAUCCCUCAUGAAGUGACCGUUGGGAAGCCGAUCUCAUGGAUCUCUUGUGGCUAUUACCAUUCAGCUUUUGUAACAACGGACGGGGAACUGUACACAUUUGGAGAGCCUGAGAAUGGAAAGUUGGGCCUUCCCAAUCAGCUGCUGAUCAAUCACAGAUCACCGCAGCGUGUGCUGGGGAUUCCUGAGAAGGUGGUUCAGGUAGCCUGUGGUGGAGGGCACACUGUGGUUCUCACAGAGACACGUGUGUAUGCCUUUGGGCUGGGACAAUUUGGACAACUGGGCCUUGGCACUUUUCUUUUUGAAACAUCAGAACCCAAAAUCAUUGAGCGUAUUAAGGAUCAGAAAAUAAGUUACAUUUCCUGUGGAGAAAAUCAUACGGCUUUGAUGACAGAUAUCGGCCUCAUGUACACUUUUGGAGAUGGCCGACAUGGAAAAUUAGGACUUGGAAUGGAGAAUUUUACCAAUCAGUUCUUUCCUACUUUGUGCUCUAAUUUUUUGAGAUUUACAGUUCAAUUGAUUGCCUGUGGUGGGUGUCAUAUGCUAGUUUUUGCCACCCCACGACUUGGUGCAAUAGAUGAAUCUGAGUUUGAAGAAGUAUAUGAGCCUUACCUAAGUACAUGUUCUUUGCCCAUCAGUGACCUCUCCCCAGGAACUCCACUGAACAGAUCUUUAUCAGCGCGCCUGCGGCGAAGAGAGAGGGUACAGUGUGGUCUUGUCUGUAUGAUAGUACUUUCUACCACUGCAAAGAAAACAGGAACAGGGCCUUUCAAGAUGAAAUUGGAGCGACCACCAGGUUCUGUUGCCGUGAUGGGAACACUGCCUCCAUUAGAGGGGACUUCUGCCUCCGCAUCAGCUCCUUAUUUUUCCCCCACUUCAAUCCCUUUCCGUUUGUCUAUGAAUAACUACCCAGAGAAAAGCCCCGCUGAGUCUGUGGGGCCGCUGGACUCAGAUUAUUUUGAAGAUAAAAUGAACAAAGAGACAGAGACAGAAAAUUCUUCAGCAGUGGAUUCAGAAAACCUUGGUGAAACUACUGACGUCUUAAAUAUGACACAUGUGAUGAACCUGAGUUCCAAUGAGAAGUCAUUAGAAUUUUCACCAAUUCAAAAACAACAGAAUCAAGACAUGGUUGAGAAAGUGAUGGAAAGUACACCUUGUACUGAAAAUGAUGAUAGUUAUGAAUAUGAAGAGAUGUCCAAAGUAAAAGAAGGGACAGUAUACAAACAAUAUUUAGCAAAAGGGAUCUUCAUGAUACGACCCCCCGAGAUUAUGGGAGCAUUUUCAGAAGAGGAAGUAGGUAAAGGCCUAGACCAGGCUGGGCCUCAGGUCAGCACUGAUGAAAAGGGUUUACAAAAAGAGGAUCUAGAACAGGAAAGUGUGGAAGAAAUAGCCCCUGAGAAGAGAACUGAGGUGGUGGACAUGGCAAGUGUGAAAGACAGUAGUGAAGGAGAAGAGAAUGCCAAGUCAGAUGCCCUCUUUGAUGACUUCCAAGAUAAAGACAUGACUCCCGAGAGCGAAGAGAAUAAAGACACUGCUCAGGAGAGGAAGAGCGAUGAGCAGAAUUUGAUCUUCGACAGUGAGACAGAAGCGCUAGAAGAACCAGACAGUUACAUGGAAUAUGAAAGGCAGAGUCAGUCAGACAGAGCUGAGGAGGUGGAGCAGGCCAAGGCAGUAGAACCUGGUAGUGACGAGAAAGAUGACGAUGAGGUGGAAACUGAGCCCUGCCUCUGGUACAGCAGGAAGUGUGCCGAACAAGACAGCGACAGUGAGCCCAAGGCAGCCAGACUCGCUGCCAAGUACGAUAUGCAGCAUGACCACUUGUCAGGGAUCCCAGAGGAGCAGGAAGGCCCAGAGGACCCCGAGAGAGGUGCAGUAGGGGAGCAAGUGGUUCAGGUCCAAGAGGAAAAUGUGCAAUUGGAAGUAGAAAGGAAGGAGGAGGAAGCAGAAAGCCUGUCAGAUGCCAGUACAGAAAAAGAGAAUCAACAACUUUCAGAACCUAUGAAACCAGAACCAGAAGACAUGGAUAAGCAAAUUAGUGCCCCAAAUGUAGAAGACAUUGGAGAAGAAGAAAGGAAGGAAGAAGUGAAGGAAACUGGAGAAGAAGAAAGUUUACCUGAAGAUGGCCCUCCUAGAAGAGAAGGCUCAGACACCAUUGAUGCUGUCGAUGACAACCCAGAAGAAAUCACUAAAGAGGAAGACAGCAUCAGCCUGCUUCAACGGACCCUUUGUGAGUACAAUGAAAAUCCAAAAGGACACAUGUAUGAUCGUAUAAAGAGCAGUUCUUCAGAAAUUCUGGGAGGUAGUGAAUCAACAAAUAAAGACAUUAAAAAGUCUAAAAAGAUUUCCUUCUUUAAUCGGAUGUCAUUGACAGGUCAGAAAAUGAUGCAAAAUACUAAUGAUCCACUCCCAGAGAUAAAGCCAAUAGGAGACCAAAUAGCCUUACAAAGUGAUAAGAAAGAUGCCAACCAGAACCACAUGGGUCAAAAUCUUCGGGAUACUGCAACACCAAGUAUGGAGGGAAAGUCCAAAUCCUGUACAAUACUAUAAAUGUAUGUUUAUGUUUC